CAUGCCAUCCAUCCAUGCAGGUAUUUGAGGCCUGAGGUCGACGUUUGCUUGCAAGUCAAUUUGAUGUCUCUUUUGAGUAUUUCUGCCCUUCGCUCGCCGGAGCGAAGUCCGUCGUGCCCUCUCCGACGCUCCCAAAGCUGCGCAACGGCCUGCACGUGGCCAGCUAGCGGAAGUCCGUCUCUGACGUAGUCCGCUCCGUUACACUACUACACGUCGACGGCUCCGAGUACGGAUCUAGGCAUUGCUCUACCCGACGCUACCUGCGCAUACCGCUCCUUCGCACCUGACCGCCCGCAGCACCGCGUCGUCCAGCAAUUUUAUUGUUAACCUCAGCGCUCGCGCGCACCGCAACGCUCCCUUCCCACCGGCCACCCGCGGCCACCCGGUACUCUGCUAUUGCGUAUGGCGUACAGUCGCUCUCAAUGUCCUUCCUGUCCGACACAGUGCUUUCGAGUAGUGCCCGUUUGCAUACGGGAAGAGAAGGAGAGGCAGGACAAAACGAUGGCCUGAAGAGAACAAGCCAGAGCCCUGCUGGGCUUCUGACGCCUCUCAUUCAACUCGUGAGAGAUCCAUUUGGUACAAAAGCCGGCGAAGAAAUUGUCAGCCGGGCACCGGUUGAACGGCCCGCAGUCACCGAGGAUGCAGAUCGCAAGCAGGUUUUGUAUCUGCGCAUGAGAAAUGCCGAGAGCUACGACGACUGGAAAGCCGCUGCGACCGAAUUGGACUCUCUUGAAGGGAAUGAUGCCUGGAAACUCGAGGAUGAGUCCCCCGAAUACGAUGCCGCCCUGGUUAAGGCUCGCCUGGAGCAGCUCGACGAUGCUCGAUUAAGCUGCGACGUGCAGCGAAUGCUCUUUCUAAUCCGGACAUCCCUGACGCGCGGGCUUGGUGGCAUGGGCCAUCUGCGAAUGUACAAGCAUUCGCACGUUGGAACGAAGAAGCUGAUUGAGAGGUACAUCGAUUCCGCCGUGCAGACUUUGAACGCCUUGCACGAGGUAUCCGCCAAGCAGGGAGAUCGCUGCCCCGUCGACCACAAUGUGAUCAUGCAGGGGCUCCUACAUACCCGCCAGUCCUUUGGGCGAACUGCCCUGUUAUUGUCAGGAGGUGGUACUUUCGGUAUGAAUCAUAUUGGUGUUGUGAAGUCUUUGUGGGAGAUGCGCCUCCUCCCACGCAUCGUAUCGGGGGCGUCGGCGGGAAGCAUCGUUUGCGCUAUUCUGUGUUCGAAGACGGACACGGAGAUUCCCGCAGUACUGCACGAAUUCUGUUACGGUGAUUUGAAUGUUUUCGAGAAAGUUGGGGACGAAGACAGCCUUAUGAGGAAAGCCACGCGGUUCCUCAAGUACGGUUCGCUGUUUGACAUCUCCCAUCUCAUGAGAGUCAUGAAGAACAUGCUAGGCGACAUCACGUUCCAAGAAUCGUACAACCGGACCCGGCGGAUUCUCAACAUCACAGUCUCAAGCGCCAGUAUGUACGAGCUUCCGAGGUUACUCAAUUAUAUCACAGCUCCGGAUGUAAUGAUCUGGUCCGCAGUAUGUGCCUCUUGCUCCGUCCCUUUCAUCUUCUCUGCCGCCUCUCUACUCGCUAAGGACAGGAAGACUGGAAAAGAAGUCCCUUGGAACCCUACGCCUAACGCUGGUUGGAUUGACGGCUCGGUCGAUAAUGACUUACCUAUGACUCGUCUUGCGGAGAUGUUCAACGUCAACCAUUUCAUCGUUUCCCAGGUCAACCCACACGUCGUUCCCUUCCUAGCCAAGGAAGAGAACGUUGGCGCAGAGAUGCAACAGAGCUCUGCGCUCUCUGCUGGACCCAGCUGGAUGCACAACAUGGCAAGCUUUGCGAAAAGCGAAGCACUACACCGUCUCGACGUGCUUGCGGAAAUGGGCAUACUUCCCAAUGCGGUGACGAAAGCAAGGUCGAUUCUCAAUCAGCGGUAUUCUGGCGACAUCACUAUUUUCCCUACGAUUUCCUACUCAAACUUCCCGAAGAUCCUGAGCAAUCCGACGACUGAGUUCAUGCUGCGGUGCAUGCUCACGGGAGAACAAGCUACAUGGCCGAAGCUCUCGAGGAUACAGAAUCAUGUUGCUAUUGAAAUUGCCCUAGACGAAGCUGUCCACAAUGUCCGUGACUCCGUCGCCUUCAGUCAGAGUCAAGUCGACCUCCGGCUCAACAACCUCCACCGGCCACUCUCGCAAGGCAACGAUGUCCGGCCAAUGCAAAGAGUGAGGUUGCUCCACAAGUCUACGCGUUUCGGAAACGGUACCGCGCCUUCUACACCUUCGAUGGAGAUGACCUCUCCCGCGAUACCCCGUCGCUCCCAUCCUCGCAUUAAGCUGCCUCCUAAGCCUGCUCCUGCCGCCAAGCCUUAUCUACCCACGCAUCCCUCGAGGAGAGGCACGAGAUCAUUGGAUAUAAACCAACUGAGCUCAUCCAACGUAGACGCAGUCUCCUCAUCAACCAAUCCGGACGGAUCAUCCUCGGACGGAGAUUUCUCAACGCACGAUGAGAGCGAUACGACGGAGUCCCUAUCUUCUCACUCACCACCUAAUUCGCCCUCGAGACAGAUGCCUACCCUAUGGCCAUCUACGCGACAAGUCCUAUUUCCGUCAUCCUCCCAGCCCGCGACGCCGUCCCUCACCGCAACUGGUUUCGGCCACAGAAGCAGUUCUUCACUCAACAUCACCAUGACCUCCACCGCACCAAGUUCGCCCGAACUUCGCUACAAGCGGCUCUUUCACCCGCCAGUUCCGUCUCCGGUACUCGAGUCCGAACCGGUCGCACCCGAAAUCCAGCAAGAAAUCGAGAGAACAAUGCAGCCGCUUGCCCAGACAUAUCCCGCACUGCAGCAGACUGAGUCCGUCCCCGAAGACCAGCGUGCACCUCCGGCCCCUUCGGUACGAACAGACUCGCUCAAUGAGGCGCAAAUACGGGCCUUUGAUGCUCCGGCGCUCUCUCCGGUUAUCAGCCCUAGCACCACCAGAGACGAGGCCAAAGCCAAUGUCAAGAAGAAACUCAGCCAGCACGACAUCAAAGCCACCGAGCGCAGUCGAAGAGACGGUCGACGAGGCAGCGCGCAGGGCGCGGGACUGGGUCUUAUGCUCGACAUCUCGGGGACCAGGGGCAUGAUGCUCAGGAAGAAGGGUUCUCGAGGUGGUUCGUCCGCCGCCUCGUAGACUUGAGUCGCUCCCUAUCAACUUUUCUUAUUUGUCUGGGAUCGGAACAUGCGGAGCUGGAGUUUAGUGUUUCUUUCGCAUCGCAAGACGGGAAAUUCGCAUUCAUCACGCAUAUGAGGAGUACUUUCGGGGUUCAACGAGGCGGGGGUCGGGAGGGAAAGGGCAACCUGGCAACAUUAGAAUGGGCGUGGUGAUACCCGCGGUUUUCGUUUUUAUUUUUUUCGAGCGCACUCAUUCGUACUUUAUCUCCUUUGUAAUCCUUCUUCCAUUCAGGUAGAUACUACGAGAUAGAUUGGAGUGGGCUGGCUAGCAUGGCAUGGCAAUAUAUACAUUUUUACUUCUU